GCGCGGAGGUGCAGAGGUGCCGCAGCUGGCAGCCAGUCGGGAGCGCGCGAGGCGCCGGGAGACCCGCAGCGCCGGCCGCAGCCCCUACCCCUGCAGACGCCGCGCACCGCCCGGCCGCCACCAUGGCGCUUCUGCGGUGCUUCCUGCUCCUGUGCGGAGUCGCUGAUGUCACCAGAAGUUUGACUAUCACCAGUCCUGACCACAUGAUUGAAAAGGCCAAAGGGGAAACUGCCUAUUUGCCCUGCAAAUUUACUCAAGGUCCGGAAGACCAGGGACCCCUGGACAUCGAGUGGCUGCUGUCUCCAGCCGAUAAUCAGAAGGUGGAUCAAGUGAUUAUUUUGUAUUCUGGAGACAAAAUUUACGAUGACUACUAUCCAGAUCUAAAAGGACGAGUACAUUUUACCAGUAGUGACCUCAAAUCCGGGGAUGCGUCAAUAAAUGUAACAAAUUUACAGCUGUCAGAUAUUGGCACAUAUCAGUGCAAAGUGAAAAAAGCCCCUGGCGUUGGAAAUAAGAAGAUUCAGCUGAAAGUUCUUGUUAAGCCUUCAGGUACAAGAUGUUAUGUGGAUGGAUCAGAAGAAAUUGGAAAUGACUUUAAACUAAAAUGUGAACCCAAGGAAGGUUCACUUCCAUUACAAUAUGAAUGGCAGAAAUUGUCCAACUCACAGAAGCUGCCCACAGCACUGAUGUCAGAAAUGACUUCCUCCGUUAUCACUGUAAAAAAUGCCACCACCGAGCUCUCCGGGACGUACAAGUGCACCGUCAGCAACAGAGUGGGCUCCGACCAGUGCCAGCUGCGCCUGGACGUUGUUCCUCCGUCCAACAGAGCUGGAACAAUUGCAGGAGCUAUUAUAGGAACUCUGCUUGCUCUCAUGCUCAUCUGCGUGAUCAUCUUUUGCUGCCAUAAAAAGCGCCGAGAAGAAAAAUAUGAAAAGGAAGUUCAUCAUGAUAUCAGGGAAGACGUGCCUCCCCCCAAGAGCCGGACGUCCACAGCCAGAAGCUACAUCGGCAGCAAUCACUCAUCCCUGGGAUCCAUGUCCCCUUCCAACAUGGAGGGCUAUUCCAAGACUCAGUAUAACCAAGUACCAAGUGAAGAUUUUGAACGCGCUCCUCAGAGUCCGACUCUCCCGCCCGCUAAGGUAGCUGCCCCUAAUCUCAGUAGGAUGGGAGCGGUGCCGGUGAUGAUUCCAGCCCAGAGCAAGGACGGGUCUAUAGUAUAGGGCCUCCGAACCUCUCACCUCCGUGCUCCACACUUCUCUUCUUCUUUUGAAAUAGGAAAACCUAUUUUGUUCUAAAUUUUGCUACCAGCCUCAGUAGAUCAAAAAGUGAACCAAAAACUGUAAGAAACAUACUUCAAAAAGUUGUGUUUGUUUUUAUCGGAGUAGUAUAGGCAUUAAAGUUACUAAAGACAAAUUUGCCAUCUGAAAAGGAUUUCUUAAAGAAGUUGAUUUUGUCAGUUUCUAACUACCCAUACUUAGUAAUAUGUAGCACUUUGGAUAUGAAAUCAUAGGAGAAGAUAUUGGUGAACUUACAUGCACACCAAGUUGAUACUUGAAUUAUCUUAAAAAGUAGUACUUUUUCAUUCCUGCCAUUAUUUUUAGGAUGCCUUUCUCAAUUAAUUUAUGACCCAAAAUUGGCAAAGAAGCAUUCAUGGCAAAAAAUUCUUAUAGUCCUUUAUGUUUGUUCUUUGAAAACUCUAAAUGUGUUUGGAAUAGCUCUAGUAACAUAAAAACACUCUACAGGGUUCUAGAAAUUACUAGUUCUACUUUCAGGUCAUGCAUAAGCCUUGUCUAUGGAAUGAUUGCUUAAGCAUUUGAUUGACGGACUGUUGACAACAGGCAACAGAGGCAUAGUAAGCUCUUUUACAUGCUAAAGUAAAGGAGCACCUAUGGAUUUAUUUAGCAACUUCGCUGUCACUACAUAGAGCGAUGACACUAGGUAUGGUAGUGAGGGUGGAUUUCAGCGAUGAGCAAUCUGGGGUGAUCUCCAGAACAGAGACCGGCCAGAGCAAGGAUGGGGAAUCCUGCAGUUCCCAACCCCAUACUGGCUCUCUGCGUCAGGUGAUAUUUUUCUACUAAGAAAAAAAUUAUAACAUUUAUUAUUGGACAGGUACAGAUUGAAAUUCCCUAGUUAUUGGUUCCAAAUUUUAAAAAGUUCAGCGUUCUGUUGUUGUCGUUUUUGGAUGGCGUUGCAUGUUACACAUUCCAGAAACAUGGAAUCCUAAGUCUACCUUCCUGAAAGCAGUUUCUGGAGGAUGUUCCUUCAUAGGCUCGGAAUGAGGGAGCGCAGUGUAAGCUCGUCAGUGUGCUUCGCAAUUCUGCCUUCCAGACUCGGGAGGACGCAGUUACUAUUCCACUGCCAACCUGUCUGUGCAGUUGCAGAAAACCCAGUUGAGUUUUGAAAAGUUUGAGUCCUAGUUUGUGAAAGUGAUUUAUUCUUAAAAAAAAAGAAAAAGAAAGAAAGGAAAGGGAGUAAAAGGAAUACUCCCAACUGCCAAAUGUGUUAAAUACUGUUUUAGUAGAAAGUAAAUUUAUUGUAUUUCCCUUAAGAUUGCAAGGGAGUGUGGGUAUAGUGGAAUGAGCCAGCAGUUUCUUUAUAGGAAGUUAGGUCUUGCAAUAAAUUAUUUCACUAGCUCUAAAAGCUGUUCCCUCGGUUUUGUAGGGAGUUUGUUUCUGUUCAUCUCUUUGGGUGCUGUGGUGGUUCAUGCGGCAUUAGAAAUUAAUGUUGGCAUGACUUUCUGGUUAGUAAGAGUAUUGUGUACACUUUUUAAUGGUAAAUUUAAGCGGAAUGUCUGUGUAAUGAAUUAGUGUACGGUUUUACGUAUUCGGAAGCCUUUUUUAAAUAGGGUUUUAACCUCACACAAUAUUGCUUUUAUACUUGUGUUAACAGUUUCAUUUGUGCCUUUUGGGUCAUUUAAUUUCUAUUAUGAAUUUCUGGUGCCUAUGAGCUAGCUAUCACCUGAAAGGUGCUUAGAGGUGAAGGUACUGUUCCUAAAAAUGCAUCACUGUGACACCUUUCUAUCCUCAGACUUCAAUCUUGCCUCCUCUUUUCUGUUCUUUUUUGUAUGCAAAUUAACAGACUGUGUUAUCCAUAAAGGCUAACAUUCCAACAUCCCCAACACUCUGGCUGUGUUUCUGAUUUUAUAAUAGUAACUAUUUUUGAACUCCAGAUGUCUGGUCUGUUUUAUAUGAAUACAAAUGUACAUACAGUAAUACUAAGAAAUACCAGCACAAACUCUAAGAAACAACUUUUGGUCUUUAUUAGUUUUCAUGCACUGAAGAUUAUGCUAUCAAUCUAAGUAGAAAUUACUACAAAAAAAUAGACACAUGUAAGGCUUUCCUUGCCUGAGACUUCGUAGUUGGUCUAGGAUUUAGCUACAAAUAAGCCAGAAUCUCUUCCAGAAGCACCUGUAUCCUAUCCUAAGAAACAACCUCACAAAAAAUCAGUUGUGUAUCCUGUACAGACCUAUUGGGCGUGAUGACAUUUAGAGGACAGAAUUCAGGUUUAGGCUUCGUCUUCAGCUACUCUCAUUGUAAAUUUCAGUUAAUCCAGAAGUCAGGUAGUUCUGCUUGACCCAUUAAGGGGUUCUCACUGAUAAUUUCAUUUAAACCAGAGAUCAGAUAUCUGUUCUGGAAUUAUUGGUAAUCAUCAAGCAAUUCAACAAAACUUGCUAUUCAAGCAUUGCCAUUGGAGCUUAACAGCAUCAGCCAAAGAUAGCACUGCGUCUUUGAGGCAAAAGCAAUUUUACACCUUACAAUUCCACUUUACACCUAAGAGGCUCAAUACCAUUUUGUUGAGUUACACAGGAUAACUUGAGAAGCAGUGGUACCUUAGAGGACGUAGUUCUGUGCUUUAAUGUGUAGUUUAUAUUCUAAUAUUCCCCUGUUAGAAGGCCAACAAAAAUAAAAAUCUGCCCUGGAGUUGUUACAAUGGAAAUACAGCCAGAGUGUGUCGUAGGGGGAGGUUAAUUCAAGAAACACAGUUAGAUUAUUGGUAUGAAUUAAUAUCUGAUUUUUAUGAAAAAGAUAAUUUUCAAAAUUGAGUUCCAUAAAUUAGGAGCAAGUAAAGGGGCAAAUAAACAUUUUGAUUAAAUAUAAAAAGAACUCGUUGCAUGAAGUUAGACAUCAGAUUCUAUAAUGGGUGGCUUUUUAAAAUAACCAUUCUCUGUCUUUCUGUGUGCGUGCAGCAUGUAAAUCUGAAGUUACGUGAAUGUUUCAAGGUUUUCCUAUCUCUUUUCACCGCCACAGUGUUCAGGGCUUUCAGACCCCUUAUUCCAGCGUGAGCAGAAAGGUCCGUAUUACCUGCCUAAUGCUUUGACGUGUGUAGGAGUAGUUUGUAGAAAACGUUGACACCAUUUUAACUUCUUAGUGGCUUGUGACAUUAUGUUAUAUAUAUAUGUACAUACAUCUUUGUAAUAUUCUGUGUUUAGUAGUAUAAAUGUUCUGGGCAAGUUUUCAUAUUUCAAAUGCCUUUGGAUAGUCUUGCAAUAAAGGCAACAUAUUCUGCAGUUGGAUUUUUUACUUGUUUGCCUAUUUUGACACUAAAAUAUGGUCCAUAACUGAGCACAGAUUCUACCUAUUCAUGUUAUGGAAACAGGGAAGAAUAGUAAAUUUGUGAAUUGCAGUUCUGCUUAUCCUAUGGAUAGUAACACCAGCAAAUAUGUUAUCUUAUGAGUAACACCAGCAAAUAUGUUAUCUUAUGGAUAGUAACACCAGCAAAUAUGUUAUCUUAUGGAUAGUAACACCAGCAAUAUUUGCUGUCUCUGGCUUCUUACUGUUAAUCAAGGUUUACAAAGCUCCCUGUUUUGUAAUUUGAGGGGAAAGUACCUGUUGGGAUUGGCGUUGGUCACGAACACUAAACGCUCCAAUCAAGGAAGAACUUGGCAUUUUUCUACUAACGCAUUUAAUGACACAAGUGUCAAGAGAACCACAAUUCACUGAUUCACUUAUUCUCAUCCCUUACUGUGAGCAUUUGUAAUAAAUAAACUUGUACUACUGAGAAAAAAUAUUUUGACACUUCACAUAUGCAGGUAGAGAAUUGAUAGUGUCAGUUUCAAAGGUGAUUUUUGUAUUUAAAGUUUCUGGCUUAAAUAUCCAAUGGUGCAGAUUUUGAACUUUGUAAGAACAAAUUUGGUUAAAAAAGCAAGAACUUGCUCUAGCUUUGUGACCUUGUGUACUUUUCAAAUAAAAUUAAGAAAGUAG